ACAGUUCGAAACUGACAUUUCGAUUUCGAUUUCGAUCGACUCAUCAAGGCUUACGCGAUGCCGCGGUGAAUUUUGUUCAUCCGAAAUAAACAUUUGUUCACGAGUUUUCGAUUUCGAUCGUAAUCGAAAGCUUAUACGAUUCCACCCAGUGUUACAUGGUUUAAUCGACCUGCCGUGUGAGGAAGUAUUCGAGAUACUCAAAUCUGAAAACUUGUUUCCAACGAGCGUGAAAAAACUCAACAUAAAGAAUAAGAGGUACGACGACCAUGCGGUGUAUUUAUUACACUUUCGUGCAGCCACAAUCAACCUACAUUUUUUGAAGCAAAUCAGAGGACUAGCCCAUUGCGUAGUAUCAUGGAGCUACUGUCUAGUAUAAACAUACAACGCUAUUGGAUACAUUUGUCGCAUUUUUGAUCAAAGCAAAUAAAGUGAUAAUAAUGGAUGUUUUGGCCGCUGUGAAAAGCUAGACCGAGCUGAAAAAGAUAACGGAAGACGAGCAGCGUUUGGUUCGGUUGUUGCAGGAAGCGGAAAUUUUACCACCCGUUCAAUUGUGCAACAAGUGCAAUCGCCGGAUGAAAUUGAAAGCAACUCGGAAGGCAAAUUCUUGCAAGUGGAUUUGCAAGCCUACAUCAAGUUGCACGGGGUGGGAAUGUGCUGUCCGUACGGACAGCAUUUUUAAAAAUUCCCGUUUAUCUCUGUCUAAGUUGAUAGAGAUAACGUAUGAAUGGUCGCGGGAUACGAAGCGAUCCAGCGCUGCAGCCGAGUGUGGGGCAGGCAAGAGUGCCAUUGGGAAGUGGUUCUCUAUUCUGCGGGAAGUAUCAUUUUGAACCGGGCGCAUUUUGAAUGUAGCCAGGGGCAAAUUGGUGGGGAUGGAUUAACCGUCGAAAUUGACGAAUCCGUCCUCACCAAAAGGAAAUAAAAUCGCGGUCGCGUCUCAGCCAACAACCAAGUCUGGGUGGUUGGCGGCAUCUGUCACGAAACGCGAGCAAUUUUUUUGGAGCUGGUUGAGCAACGUGAUGCUGCAACAUUACACCGCAUCAUCAACCAGCAUGUGGCUCCGGGUACAACGAUCGUGAGCGAUGGUUGGCGUGCAUAUAAUGGAAUUGAUCAGCACGGUUUUAUUCACGAAACCAUAAACCAUUUUGUGGACCCAAGCGAUCCUUUUGUGCACACACAAAAUAUUGAAAAUUUGUGGCGCUGGGUUAAGCCCUUUAUUCGAUCAAAGGCACAAAGCGAGGAGUGCUGAUUAAAUACAUACGCGAGUACGAAAUGAAACGCCAGAACCAGAACAGGUUCCUGAGUGUGUAGCAGGCCAUCAAAGCAGUUCAAGAUUUUGCGUAAAGGUUCGAUAACCAAUAUCUAUAAGCGAUCAUGUUAUAGUAACUUAUCUUACCAUACGUUGUUCAAGCCGAAUUAGGAUAUAUGUAAAUGAUUUUCACAAAUUAAUGAGAGUGUGUAAUGAAAAUUGUGUAACUUAUUUAUUUUUCCUUUUUAUUCUGCAGGUAAUAUGCACGCCAUCAAGAUCGGUCUGGAUCAAGCAUAAGUUUUCCUAAAUAUUUCAUUUUUACUUCCAAAUGCAUUAUUAACACCGACGAACCGACGUGGCACUUGCGUCACAAAAGUGUCCAACAUGAAGAAACUGUCAUUUUCAAAUGAAGCGAUAGCUUCUGUCAAAGAAGGCUCUGUUGACAUCUGGUUAGAUGACAACAACGGUUAAAAUACAAAAUGGGUAGGAAGCGCGAGGCAAGUUUCUGUGCAUAUAAUUGUGCAAAAAAUGCAAGUAAAUCAUUUUAUACCUUUCCAAAUAAAAAAGAGAGAUGUGAGAAGUGGAUCAAAUAUUGCGAGUCUUUGGAAUUGGAGGAAAAAUAUGAAAAAGGUGGUCUUCAAGCUUUGAGAAAGAAAAUGUUAUGUUCAGAUCAUUUCUUCUACGAUGCGCUGGUAGAUCCUCACAGAACAGAUAAAGGGUAACUAUAAUAAAUAAUUCUAUCAGUUAACCAGACUAAAAUCAAUUUUCAUAGGCUCAAGGUAAUUGCAAUCCCGUCCGUCGAUUUUGUGCUGAGAGACAUGGUAAAUGCGAGCACAUCUGAAAAAACCAUCGAAAAAGGGGAUGAUACUAACGAUACGAUUAUGGCGUUGGACAGCGAAUAUGUAACAGGAGCCGAUUCUGAUUGUAGUAAUACAGUAACCAAUGUAGUAAUACAGUAACCAACCAGGAACGCAGUGUAGUUAAAGAAAUCAGUAAAAAAAAUGAUGGACAAACGAAACGCAUGGUGGAUGCUUAUAGCCAAACCGAACAGAAUAGAAAUGAACAUGAACAGCUUUUGGAAACCAUUAAAAUACUCAAAAACAAACUAACAAACUUAGAAAGAACGAACGAAGAGACGGGUAUGUUUUAUGGAGAAAAACAAGCGAAAAAUUGUUACACUGAACCAAGACCUUAAGCGAUUCCGAAAACGAAGAGGGCUUGGUGACUAUUUACUACAACGACUAGAGCAGAAUGUGGUAAUGUAUGACAGCCUUCGAAACUCCGAAAAAUUAAAUACGGCAAGGCGGUUUCGCAAACAAAUGAAGAAGUUUGCAGUGUCGCUAUAUAUGAGUGGUCCCCGUACAUAUCGAAUGAUACAAACAUCAAAAGUGUCCAUCAAACGAUGGACCAGUGAAGUAAGCUUCGAACCCGGUUUGAAUGCUUCAACCCUCAAGGCAAUGAAAGAAAAAUGUCGUAACUUAAGUGAAAUUGAAAAAAACGUUGUAGUUGCCAUAGACGGAAUGAAAAUUUGAGUUAUUUCACAAAAUCGGUCAAAUUUCAUGGCCUUCCGGACGAUGGCUUGAAGAAACCAAACGAGCGCAAUAGGUCUUCGGUAUUGGCAACAGAAGCCGUAGUAGUAAUGGUGCGUGGCAUUUAUAAACCGUUUAAACAGGUAUGAACCAAUAUUACAUUUUUUUAAAAUAAAUUUCCCUCACAGUUAAUAGAAUGACCGUUGGAUAGCAAAAACUUCACUCCCUCACGUAUAGUAUAUUGAGAAACCCCGGCCGUCUUGAAAUAAUUUAAAUUAAGAGUAUAUCACCAUAUUAAUAUUCAUGUAUCUAAAUUUUAAAUGGCUUAUACUGUUUUUAAGGUUUAGGAUAUUUCAUCACUCGCAACACAUUAGGAAGCAGCGCGCAAUUGAACGUAAUUAAAAAUACUAUCCGAGCUAUUAGGGAAACUGGACUAAAUCCUCUGGUAUUGACGAUGGAUCAAUAUGCAACGAACAUCAAAAUGGCAAAAGAAGCAGGAGUUACUAUUGAAAAGCCAUAUUUCUAUGUUGAUGACACGCCGAUUUUUAUUUGGUGGGAUCCGCCACAUUUAACAAAAAGCACACGCAACAUGAUUAAAAAGCACAAUGCCUUGUUAAACAACAAUUUGGCAAGUUUCGUGGACAUCGAGAAUCUCUACGAAAUUGAUUCGUUAUCCAACCCGAGACUUGUGGCGAGAUUGACCGAAAAGCACAUAAAAGUCCCUCCAUUUUCACCAAUGAAUGUCUCACUUGCUACAAGAACACUCAGUCAAUCAGUAGCUAACGGGAUUAGAUACUACGUCGGAACAGGCAACGCGAGCUUUGCAGACUGCUACAUUUGUUGAAAUGCAUGACAAACUAUUUGAUGUGUUCAAUAGUAAAACAAAGAUUUGCUCUGCUAAGGUAUGGUACACAAGUAACAAUUGACGCCUAGCUCGUGGGCGAAGGGGGUGAGAAGGGAAGAGAAACAACGAGGGGAAGAGCAGUGGUGAGUUUAGCCAAGAACACAUGAUGCAUACUUGUAUGCGGUGACAACUGACAGCUCCAAAUUUUUUUGAUUUCUCGUCGCCGGCUCGUAACCCAUAUAUCUGGGUUACGAGCCGGCGACGCAAUGACGUAUUCGGCUAUCGCCAGAGUUUAUACCUUUAUGAGUUGGAGAGUUGAAUCACAGCUAUGGGAGGGUAACUCUUGGUUUUGAAUUUUAGCCGUUAUGUAUCCGAAAAUAUUUUUUUUUUUUUGCAAAGCGGUAUUCAAAAGGAUAUAUCGGUUAGAAAAUUUGAUCUAGACCCAGCGGUCAAGCUUUCAUGCGUUUCACCUCGUUUCAUCCCCUUCCAACCCUCGUUGGCCUAUCUUUUGCGUGUCAACGCAAGCUAUCUCUGUUUUUCCGUUCGUCAAGCAUGUUCUUGUCUCGCUCUUUUCACACUUUGCCGAAGUUCGGCGUGCUCCGCGUUGUGUAUUUAUACACCGAGCUCAUGGAAUAUCUUUGUGUGUGUAAAAAACCAUUUUGACAGCAUCGUCAUUCUUCGGCCGUCAAAUUUUGUUUUGCUUUCGAAGUGCAAGGUUUGGUUAGUUUAUUGCAUAGAACAAGGAGAUAAAAUGGCUAUAAAAGGGUAAAAAUGGCUUCGAAUCAAAAGAGCACGCGUUUUUCAAGUGACUGGAUAGUUUACUUAGGGAUAUGGAGUGAAAAAACACAUGGAAAUAGGUAGGAUGCUUGACCAGCGUGCUUCCGGAACAAAGUGGUGCUGAAACUGUUUCAUGGCUGCUGAGAGUUUGGUAAGGCGUUUAAUGCAACGAAUUAUAUCAAUUACAUGCAAUUUACAUUACGCUUUUACAAUUUCAGGUACAUCCGAAACAAUUUAUUGGCACGGACCGCAGGAAACCAAACAGCAAACACAGUGUACAAAGUACCAUGCAGAGAGGACAAAAUUUUACACCACAUAAGUACGUACUUUGAAAUAUUACAGAAAACUUAUUGAAAUGAUUGCUAAUUUCAACUAUUUUCUGUUUACAGACCAACACAUUUGCCACAUUUUCCAGCAAGUAAAGUGUAAGCGAGAAAUUUGUGAAUAAAAAAUAGAAUAAUUAAACAAAAAAACAUUUCAUGUUUUGUCCUUUUUAAUUGAUGACAACUUUCCAUUAUGCAUAGCCAAUAACGCACCCAUACCUACGCGGCUACCGCGCUACACACUAACACAUGCGCAAAAAAGCUCUUCGGAUGACGGGCUUCAGCCGGGCUUCAGAUUGACGUCCUGAAGCCCGUAUGAAGCCCGCUUAACGAAGAAUUUGACCGCUGGGGAUGUUUUAUUUUAUUUAUUUUUAGGCUGAAUUUAAAGGAAUUUUCUUGGAAUUAUUGCUAUACCUUGCAACAAUCCGCAAAAUGAUGUUAUAUUAAUGUUGUAGCUUAAGAUUAUCUUAGUAUUCAUUUGUCAUAUAAAACCUAACAAUGUAAAAUAUAUUGUAUAGUAUAAUAAACAAGUGAAAUAUAUAUUAUAUUUGUUUUAUGAAAUUUUAGCCCCUCUUAAAAUGAUUUGGUUAGAAAAUCCGAAAAAUUUUACGUUGAACACAGUGGAAGUGCAGUAUGUACGAUUGCGUCAGAAUAAUCGAUUCAAAUAACCUACACACUUAAAAAUAUUUCACGACUUCGGUUAAAUAAACUGCCGAAAUCCAUCGGCUCUUUCAUGUUUUGCUGAUAUGUCAGUUGAAAAUUUGCCAUUGCCGAAAAUCAGUACAAUUAACACCUGAAAUAUCAGUUAAAUAUACAUUUCAACCGAAACUCGGCAACACUGUAUGCCGAGCACAUACGCUAACACAUCUGUCAUCGAGCUCAACUGUCAAAAUAACCGAGAUAUCGGUUUUAACCAUAGUGUUAGCCGAGACUCGGUUUGCUAUCUGUCAUUGCCAUUUUGUGUUAUUAGUGAAACGAACAGCUUUUGGAGUGAUUCUGUGUAUCAAGUGAAAAUUUCCUAAAAUAAUUUCCGAAAUGGAUGAUCUUUUAAACUUACUACAGCAGGAGGACGUAAGAAUCUACGAUAUUUUUAGUAAGUAUGUUUGAAUGACAAUUUUUUCCAUUUAAGUUUACCGUACCAGGUCUAAUAUGCUUCUUCUGCCGGGAAAAAGUGUUUGGCUAUGUCGAAGAGCUGCAGCUGCAUACAAAUGCACACAUCCGGCAAAAGCACUUUGAUCCGAAUAAAGUGAAUUAUGAUUGUAUGAUGCCAAAAUGCCGAUCGACAUACAAUCAUUUUAAAUCAUUAAAACUGCACAUAAUGAAGCAACACAGUGCAAACAGAACUGUCGGAGAAACUCUCGAUAAGAUCGCGGACGAUUCCGUUACACAAAAAUCGAUCCUUAUGGAAAUGGAAACUGAUUUUGUCAUCAAUUACAUGCCGAUAGUUGAAGAACAGGAUGCAUUUUUAGAAGAAAAAACCACUUUGGAUCAAAUAAAAAACACCGUUGCUCUGGGGUUUUGCAGAUUGACGGCAGAAGUUUCAUUACCUCAAACCAAAGUUUCGCAAAUGAUAAAACUUUGCCAACAUCUAGUUCAAAUGCUUGGUGAUUACUUUGAAGAAAAAACAAGGAUAUUUUUGAAGGACCGUAAAACUGAUUUGGCAGCUCCUGAAACUAUUAGCUUUUUAAAUAAGUUCCACAUAGAAGAUUUGUUUUCGGAGGUUUCAACACUUUCAAAACAAACCAAGUUUUUGAACAAUUUGGCGAUUAGCAUUCCAACACCAGUUGAAAAAGUGCUUCAAAAACGAGAAGAUAUUCGCCAUGUUGCAGGUAUCACAACAAAAGUGACGGUUAACGAAACCUUUAUGUAUAUACCGAUCACUGAAACAUUGAAGCUGAUUUUCAGAAAUCCCCAGAACAGGGAACUAAUGAAGGAUAAUUUGCCGCCAAACGCAACCAUCAAAGAAUACUCAAAUUUUCGAUCUGGAGAAACAUACCAAAAUAGCGAAUAUUUUAAAAAAUUCCCCGACGUUAUACGACUAAACUUGUAUCAAGACGAUGUGGAACUCGGAAACGCACUGAGCUCUAGAGCAGGCAUAAACAAAGUAUCAGUCUUCGAUUUUAAAAUAGAAAAUUUUCCAUGCAAGUGGAAUAGUUCUCCAAAAACAAUUUUUCCGUUAAUCUACUGUACCUUUAUUGACACCAAAAAGCAUGGUUUCAACAAGAUAUUGGAACCUGUUAUUCAUGACCUCAAAAAACUGGAACAUGGAGUAGAUGUUUUCUAUGGAACAGAAAAAUAUACCCUACGAGCUGUAGUAACGAUAUUCUGCGGUGAUACUCUGGCUGUACAUGAGGUUUUCGGACUAUUGGGGCCCAUGGCAAAGUUCUUCUGCAGAUUUUGCACUAUCCCUAGACCAGCAUUUCAUCAGAAUCCGUUCCAACGAUUUCCUACGCGUACGAAAGAGUGGUAUGAACUCAACUUCUUCUUCUUCUUCUUCUUGUCUGGCCUGAUUAACUCAACUUAA